UCUCCUUGGUACAAGACGAGGGAUAAAAGAACAGCGCAAGUGGAGUGAUGCAGCCGAGGGGGCCAGACCAGAGGAAGGGACGGCGGGGAGGUGGCAAGGCGCAGAGAGCAGGUUCGCUUGGCGGACGCACCGAGGGAGGCGUGUGGGAGCCAUGCUUCUUCCCUCUUCGUCUUCGUCUUCCGCUUCCGCUUCCAAAGGUAACUCCUUUGGGAAAACCGUUAACGAUCAUCUGAGGUCAACUUUGAGUUUUGAUAACAAGCAACCUCCAUUUGCGAGUCAAAACUUUGACUACGGUCAAACAAUAGCUUGCAUUUCAUACCCGUACAAUCGUUCUAGAUCAGGAGAUGUUUGGGCAGCCUAUGAGUCACGCACCAGCACUGCCACUGUGUUGCAUUUAAAGCAGUUCCGUUCCCAAAUUGCUGGUGGGGGUUCAUCCACAAGAAUUCCCUUGCCUUUGGAAUUAGCAGAGAAUGAACCCAUAUAUGUGAAUCCCAAACAAUAUCACGGGAUACUUCGCAGAAGACAGUUACGUGCCAAGCUAGAGGCUCAGAACAAGCUAGUCAGAGCCCGAAAGCCUUACCUUCAUGAGUCUAGGCAUCUUCAUGCAAUGAAGAGGGCACGAGGUUCCGGUGGACGAUUCCUCAACACUAAGCAGCUCCAGCAGUCUCACACAGCCCUCACCAGGUCCACCACCACAAGUGGCACAAGCUCCUCAGGCUCAACUCAUCUGCGGCUUGGUGGUGGCGCAGCCGCAGCUGGAGAUCGAUCUGUGCUGGCACCCAAAACAAUGGCCUCACAAGACAGUAGCAAGAAGGCCGUUUCUUCAGCCCUCGCCUUCACUGCGACUCCAAUGCUGCGCAGAGAUGACGGCUUCUUGCAGCACCCAAGCCAUCUUUUCAGUUUUUCUGGUCAUUUUGGGCAGGCAAGCGCGCAAGCUGGCGUCCAUAAUGGAAGUCAGCAUAGGGUUCCAGUUAUGAGAUGACCGGUUUGCGAACCAUAGCUGGUGAUCCAGGCGUCUAGGGUCAACUUCGCUGUGGUGUCUUAGUCUCUCAGGCAAUUCAUCCUUGGCUUAAUUUCUGGCUUUUUAUUAGAAGGUACCAAAAUGUGUUCCAUACCGUUGUGGCCACAGAGCCCAUAAACCAGGGGGUUUGAUGGUUGGCACUCCUACCCAAACUAUUGUUGCAGUGGUGUUUGUUAGAAUAAACCUUGACUAUUAUUCUGUACAAUUUGCCUUUAUCUUGUACUGCCAAUUAUUGUGUAGUGGUCACCUGUCCAGUUUAUGGCCUCAA